AUGUUCCCCAGAAGAGACAUACACAAGUACACUUGGACAUCACCAAAUGGCGUGACCAAAAACCAGAUUGAUCAUGUACUUGUAGAUCAACGACAUAAAAGUUGCAUUACAGAUGUAAAGAGUAUUAGAGGAGCAGAAUGUGGGACUGAUCACAGUCUAAUCCUAGUCAAGGUAAACCAAAGAAUAGCUGUUGAAAGGAGGAAGGAAGAAAUACAAGAAAGACGAAUAGACACCGAAAAGCUUAAGGUUAAACCGAUAGCUGAUGAGUUUAGAAUAAAACUAGAGAAUAGGUUUAAGAUUCUAGAAGACUUAGAUAAAGAUGAAGAUGUCAACAGUACCUGGAAUAAUUUUAAAGAAGCAGUCCUAGAUUCGGCAGAAGAAGUAUGUGGAAAGAAAAAGAAAAAAAGCAAAAAACCUUGGUUUGAUUGUGAAUGCGAACAAAUGUUAGAAGAAAGGAUUAGGAGGAAAAAUGUUUGGAUGAAUAGCAACAAUGAAGAAGACAGGUUGAUGUACAACCAGUCAAAUAAGGAGACAAAUAAAUUCCUGAGGAGGAAAAAGCGACAAUAUAUUAAGAGUUUACUAGAUAGGGCUGAAGAAGAAAACACAGCAAACAAUGCAAAAGAUUUUUACAGGAAAGUAAGAUUUUUUAAAAAAGGAUUCACCCCUUGUACAUGUGGAAUAAAGAAUAAGGAGGGACAACUACUAACUGAAAGUGUCAAGGUCCUUGAAAGGUGGCGCGAAUAUUUUGAGGAACUGCUGAAUGUUGAUGAAAUCACCCCGACAGAAGAAGAAAAUCAAAACAAUGAGGACAUUUACUUUUAUGUUGAACCCUUUAUCGAGACACCAACAAAAGAAGAAGUACAAUAUGCAAUUAAGUCCCUGAAAAAUGACAAAGCUCCUGGAAGAGAUGAAAUAACAGCAGAUAUAAUAAAGAGAGGAGGAAACAUAAUAGUGGAAAAGCUGUGGAAUUUAAUUACAAAAAUAUGGGAACAAGAAGAAAUGCCAAUGGAGUGGCAGGAAGCAGUCAUUAUCCCUAUUCAUAAAAAGGGAUCUAAAUGUUCAGUUAGAAUUGAUGGCCACAACUGUAACACCUUUGAAGUAAACUCUGGUGUCAGACAAGGAGAUGGGCUAUCACCGAUCCUAUUUAAUUUUGCCAUUGAAGAAGCUCUACAGAAGGUAGCAGAGAAGAACAUAGGAGUGAAAAUAGGAACCAAAAUAAACAUCUUAGCCUUUGCAGAUGAUGUGGUUAUAAUCACAGAAAAACUAGAAGAUCUGAAGGCCUUAACCGAAGUAUUUAUGAAAGAAACAGAAAAAGAAGACGACCCCGGGGAAGACCUAAGCAGAGGUGGUGGAAGCAAGUGCAAGAAGAUUUGGAGAGAAUUGGGGCAACGGAGGAUGAUGCGAAAGACCGGUUGA